UGGCGCGUCAAAUGAUUCAGCGUAUUCAUAGCGUGUGGGGAUCAGAGAGCUCAGUCCCACAGGGUGAAUGGCCACGGACCAUCAACGUUUCCACAACUUGAACUUCGAGGAUCGCCGACUUGAUCUCGGGCCUGGCGCCGGUAUAUAAAAGCCCUUCGGUCCUGGCGGCUUCCGAUGUUCCUUUUGCCCCGAUGUACUCUCAGGCUCUCUUGGCCGUUCUGGCCUUCAGCGUUGCUCGCGUCGUCAACGCGGCGAAUGUGUCUGUGGACGUCCCAGUCCUCCAACCAACGAAGUCGUUGCCCCUCGCGUCAACGCUGCUUUCGUUCUCCAUCGAGCAGGAUAACUGGCCUGAAUGGAGUGGCAUUGACGAGCGAAACGAAUUCACGUACAGCGCGUUGACGACCUACGCCAACCUUACUGGACAACCGCCCAAGUUACGCGUCGGUGCUGAUUCGGAAGACCACACAGUCUGGUCACCUACAGUGACGAUUAACGAAGACGUGUUCCCACCUUCGAAUGCAAUCACGCCUUACCCUGAGGCUACUAACAUCACUGUUGGCAGCGAGUACUAUACGCUCGUGAAAUGGCUUCCGUCAGGUACCCACAUGGUUUGGGGAGUUAACCUCGGCUUCAACAAUGCUACGAACGCAGUCAACAUGGUGAAAGCCAUCAUAAACGCCUUCGCUUCACCUGAUGUCAUCGAAUCUGGUGUCAUCCUUGAACGCAUCGAAGUUGGCAAUGAGGCGGAUCUCUAUGGCAACAACGGCCUCCGCCAGAAGGGCAACUGGACUGUCGAGGAUUACGUUCCUGACUGGGAGUCUAUCGCCGAUCCUGUCGUCGAGGCAGCGGGAAUCUACAGCAAGAACGGAUCUGUCAGCCUUCAGGGGGCAGCAUUCGCAUCACAGGCGUUUACUCCUCGGGAGGUCUUCGCACUUGGGAUCCUGAAUAGUACAGCUGGACAAACGAUCUCAACGAUCUCGCAGCAUCAGUAUUCAGCAGCGUUCUGCAACGGAGGCGAUUUCGGCCUGAUUUCCUUCAUGAACAAGACAACUGUUCGCGGCAAUCUGACCGUCUUUGAGGCGGACAUCGCGGCGUCAAAGGCGAACGGCCUUGCUUACGUACUGGGUGAGACCAACAGCAUCGCGUGCCACGGCGCGCCGGGCGUUAGCAACACAGCAGGCGCUGCGCUUUGGGUCAUUGACUACACGCUGUUUGCGUCAACCAUUGGUAUCGACGAGCUGUACUUCCACGAGGGCAUCGGCUACAAGUAUAACUUCCUGCAACCUGUGGCUCUGAACUAUUCGACCAUCAACGGGAGCGCGCUCGACCCUCCGGCGCCUCCACACGUCCAACCUGCUUACUAUGGCGGUCUCGUCAUCAAUACGCUCAUCGGCAACAGCGGCGCGGCCAGCAUCGUGGAACUCACCGUUGACGAAUCCGAUACGACGGGAUACGCUGCGUUCGAGAAUGGCCAGCUCACACGCGCUGUCUUCGUAAACCUCAACGCGUGGGUCGCUAGCAGCACCGGCACGCGUCCGACAGUCCACAUCGACCUCGACUUUGUCAACGGGACGACGACGGCAAAGACUGCUACAGCACGGAGGCUCGUCAUCAACUACGCAGAUGACACGCAAAAUCUCACCUGGGCGGGCCAGAGUUACGAGGAGACGGCAGAUGUCAGUCCGACUGGUCAGCUCGACCUGGAGACGAUUGAUUUGACGGAUGGCUUUGACUUGCGUGCGACCGAGGCUAUUUUACUCACUUUCUGACAUAGUCCUUGUGAUCUUACACGAUAGAUAGCUGUCGUGUUGCGCUGAAUGCAAUCGAACGUUCAGCGAUCCCACUAUGGAUUUUUCGAGGGGAAAGAGAUACCCUAAGUAAGUGGGUACUUACUUCGCACGUAUCCAAGAUAUCGGCCACCAUGGCCCGCCACUGUCCAAGCACCUCGACCAUUUCUUGGCGGUUUGGCUCAGAACACAUGCCAGGCGAUUCUCGCGAUUGACCUCUAAUACGCGCAUCUCGUGGU